GUUGUUGAGGUGCUUUACCUGCUUGAGGUGCUUUGCCUGCUUGAGGUGCUUUGCUUACUUGAGGUGCUUUACUUGCUUGAGGUGCUUUGCCUGCUUGAGGUGCUUUGCUUUACUUGCUUGAGGUGCUUUGCCUGCUUGAGGUGCUUUGCUUACUUGAGGUGCUUUACUUGCUUGAGGUGCUUUACUUGCUUGAGGUGCUUUGCUUACUUGAGGUGCUUUACUUGCUUGAGGUGAUUUGCCUGCUUGAGGUGCUUUGCUUACUUGAGGUGCUUUACUUGCUUGAGGUGCUUUACUUGCUUGAGGUGCUUUACUUGCUUGAGGUGCUUUGCUUCCUUGAGGUGCUUUGCUUACUUGAGGUGCUUUACUUGCUUGAGGUGCUUUGCUUACUUAAGGUGCUUUAC